AUGGGCGUCAGCAGGGACCUUCACAUCGCCAUCAUUGGCGCCGGCAUGGGCGGCCUGGCAACAGCGCUUGCCUUGGCCAAGGAGGGAUUCACGCACAUCGAUCUCUACGAAACUGCCUCAGAUCUUGGAUUUGUAGGGGCAGGUAUCCAGCUAGCCCCCAACAUGGCCAGAAUAUUAGACAGGCUAGGUGUCUGGGAACCUAUCGCAAAAGAUGCCACUCCUUUGAAGGGUGCUAGCAUUCGAAAGGGGCCUACGGAUGAAGAGCUCGCAUUUUCCGACAUGACCUGGAUCGGGGAUUCGUACAGCUACAAACACAUGGUCGGCCACCGAGCAUCACUGGCUGGGGAGCUAUACGAGGGGUGCAAGAAGGAGUCGGCAAUCAAGUUUCACUUCGCCUCGCCCAUCACCGAGUUCAAGACCUUCUCGCCCAAGCCCACAUUUAUUGUCUCGCCCAGGAAGAACGGCGGUGACCCGUACACAGCCACCUGCGACGUCCUCUUCGGCGCAGACGGCGUCAAGUCGCGCACAAGAGUAGACAUGCUGCAGGAGCUGGGCGUGGACGCCAAGGUGGUAGACUCGGGGCAGGCCGCGUACAGAAUCAUGCUGAAAAGAGAAGACAUGGAGAAGGACCCGGAGCUGCUGGCGCUCAUCGACGCGGACCAGAGCACGAGGUGGAUCGGCGAGAGGAAACACAUCAUCGCCUACCCCGUGUCCUCAAAGACGAUCUACAACAUCUCCACCGCCCACCCGGACAGCAACUUCGCAGCCGCGCCGGACGAGACGUACACGACGCUGGGGAGCAAGGAGUCGAUGCUGUCCGUCUACUCGGACUUUGCCCCCGUGAUCCAGAAGAUGCUCAACAUGGUGCCCGAGGGCGAGGUGUGCGAGUGGAAGCUCCGCGUCCACCAGCCGCUGCCGACCUGGGUCCACGGCACCGCGGCGCUGGUCGGCGACGCCUGCCACCCCACCCUGCCGCACCUGAACCAGGGCGCCGCGCAGGCCAUCGAGGACGCGGCCGCGGUCGCCGCCGCGCUCCCCAGGGCGCCGGACCCGAGCCCGGGGAGCAUCAACAAGGCCCUCAAGGUGUACGAGAGGCUGAGGAAGGAGCGGGCCGAGGCGCUGGUCGCGAUGGCUGCUGCCAACGGCAAGGAGAUGCAGCUGGGCGACGGGGCCGCGGCCGCGGAGAGGGACGCCGCCUUCAAGGCGUUUAGGGAGGGCGGGCAGGGCAAGGUGCCGGACAAGGCGGCGGACAAGGGGGUGUUGAGCUUUAUCUACGAGUGGGAUGCGUCCAAGGAGACGGCGAGCCAGUUUGACAGCAUUUACAAGAGCUUGUAG